UGAGGAAGGUCUUCAAAUGGAGAAAGUUCCAAAAGAGGCCAUUUUGAAACCACUGGAUGGAUAUGGAGCGGAGAGCAUCAGAAUGGGUAUGAUGGCAAAACCACAAAGAGAUAAAAAGACUGAUGUGAGAAGUACUGAAAGUUCAAUGCAGAGGAAGGAUCCUGAAAUUGACAUGACAGACACUGAUGAAGUAGUUUUGCCGCCACCACCUCCCCCAUUUUUCCUCGGCAGAAAGGAUCCUGUAAAUCCUUUUGGUCCUGCUACUACAAGCAGGCUGAAGAGUCCAAACCCUAGCUCUGUAAAAGUAUUUACUAUCGCAUCACUUCAGCAGUAUACCAAUAGCUUUUCAGAAGAUUAUUUUGUUGGAGCAGGCAUGCUUGGCAGUGUUUAUAGGGCAAAUCUUCCUGAUCAAAAGCUUUUGGCAGUCAAGAAACUGGACAGUGAAACUUGCAGGCUGCAGAGUGAUAAGGAAUUUCUUGAACUAGUAUCUAAUAUCUCUGAAAUUAGACAUGCUAAUAUUGUGGAACUAGUGGGUUACUGUGCGGAGCAUGAGCAACGGCUACUUGUGUAUAAGUACUGCAGAAAUGGGACACUCCAUGAUGCACUGCAUACUGAUGAUGAAACUCAUAAGAAACUCUCAUGGAGUGUGCGCAUCCGUGUGGCACUUGGAGCAGCAAGAGCUCUUGAGUACUUGCAUGAGGUUUGUCAACCACCAAUGGUGCACCACAAUUUUAAGUCUGCCAAUCUUCUUCUUGAUGAAAAACUUGAAGUACAUGUCUCAGACUGUGGUUUGGCUCCUUUAAUAACAUCUCCCUCUGUAAGUCUCAUAAUGUUUAGAUUUAAUACAGAGACAAUACUUGUAAGUAUCAGUAAUUGACUCGUGUUUGCAACUCAAGCUACAGAGUUGAUUAAUGUUAUGCUUUCAUAUAACAUGUAGCUGAUAUUGUGCUUUUGACUCUCAGUUGGCUGGACACCUUCUCACUGCCUAUGGUUCUUCAGCCCCAGAAUUUGAAUCGGGGUGUUAUACACGCCAAAGUGAUGUCUAUAGCUUUGGAGUUGUAAUGUUAGAGCUCCUUACAGGACGCAAAGCCUAUGACAGGUCACGGCCUCGUGGUGAGCAAUAUUUGGUCAGGUGGGCAGUUCCCAAGCUUCAUGAUAUCGAUGCAUUGUCAAGGAUGGUUGAUCCCUUUCUAAAUGGAGCGUAUGCAAUGAAGUCUUUGUCACGUUUG